AGGAGGAGGAAGAUGGUGGAAUCAGAUGUGAGAGCUGCUGCUGCCCUCAGCCCUCCGAGCUGUCACCGGCUCUCCUGCUAACCCCCUGCCUGCAGGGUGAUGCCCACCGCCCUCACCUCUCUCAUAUACCCCGGGCAGCCUCCAUCCAGGGCUUUACGGACAAGAUGUUAAUACUGUAAACGCCCCAAAAUCUGCCAUGAACCAUCUAGACGGAGCACAAGAGGUGGAGGCAAGUGAUGAGCCUGCCAAUGCAGACAUCAACGAGUCUGUGGAAGCUGACCUUGAACUGCCAGAAGUCGAAGAAGAACAACAUGCAUACGCGUCUCCUAACCUACGGCAUACAGCCGGAGAGCAGGAUGCAGGUUCUGGACAAGACGAAGAAGGAACACUUGCCAGAUCUGCGAGUACAGAGAGUGGAUUUCACAACCAUACAGACACUGCAGAGGGGGAUGUCAUCACAGGUCAAGUAGAUGGGUAUGACCUUGACAGAGCUCAGGAAAAUGAGGAUGAGAAUGCCUAUGCUAUUCACUACAGGCCCGAGUCUGAGGAAUACACCGAGAACGCUGAGGCAGAGCAUGGUGAGGUGCUACAUAACAGGACUCUCCCCAAUCAUUUACAUUUUCAUGGUAUGGAGUUGGACCAUGAGGAGGCCAUUAAUGCAGCUUAUUCCGGUUAUGUCUACACACAAAGGUUAUUUCACAGGGGUGAGGAUGAGCAAUAUGCAGAACCGUAUGCAGAUUAUGGACUGCAGGAACAUGUGUAUGAGGAAAUAGGAGACACUCCUGAUUUGGAUAUCACGGAAGGCCUCCGCCUUUAUGAACAAGAGAGAGAAGAAGCUGAUAAUUAUCGAAAAGAAGCCCUGGGUGCUCGCCUCCACCAUUAUGAUGAGCGGUCUGAUGGAGAGUCGGAUAGUCCUGAAAAGGAGGCAGAGUUUGCGCCGUACCCGAGGAUGGACAGUUAUGAGCAAGAAGAAGAUAUUGAUCAAAUUGUGGCAGAGGUGAAACAAAGUAUGAGCUCUCAAAGCCUAGACAAGGCGGCUGAGGAUAUGCCUGAAGCGGAACAAAGUAUAGACCUCCCUGAUCAUUCCAAGGUUGUUGGUGGAGGGCAUGUAACUAAUGGGAACCUCUCUUCUGCCUCAAAAACUGCUGCUAAUGCCGUGGAGAUGGUGCAAAGGUACAGUAAGGAGAAGCGUGACGCCAUUUCACUGGCUAUCAAGGACAUUAAGGAGGCUAUAGAGGAAGUAAAGACUAGGACAAUACGCUCCCCUUACACUCCUGAUGAGCCAAAAGAGCCUAUUUGGGUGAUGAGGCAGGAUAUUAGUCCAACCAAGGACUGUGAUGACCAAAGGCCACUAGAUGGAGAUUCUCCAUCUCCGGAUUCUUCCACGCAGGGAGCAGAAUCCGCAAACCGACAGCAUGGUCAGAAUGCCUGUGAUGCAGCAGAAUCCUCUUCUAAUAAGGAGUCCAGAAAGAGCCUGGCUUCAUUCCCGACCUACGUAGAAGUCCCUGGACCCUGUGAUCCAGAAGAUUUAAUUGAUGGCAUAAUAUUUGCUGCCAAUUACCUUGGCUCCACUCAGCUACUGUCUGACAAAACUCCAUCUAAGAAUGUGCGCAUGAUGCAAGCCCAAGAAGCAGUUAGUCGGAUUAAGCAGAUGGCCCAGAAAUUAGCCAAAAGCAGGAAGAAGGCCGCAGAAGGAGAAGCUCAGCCCAUGACUGAGGUGGACUUGUUUAUCUCGACUCAAAGAAUAAAAGUUCUGAAUGCGGAUACACAGGAGACAAUGAUGGAUCACCCUUUGAGAACCAUUUCAUACAUUGCUGAUAUUGGAAAUAUUGUGGUACUGAUGGCCCGCAGGCGAAUGCCACGCAGCAAUUCUCAGGAUAAUGUGGAGGCAUCUCAUCCGUCCCAAGAUGGAAAAAGACAGUACAAGAUGAUCUGCCACGUCUUUGAGUCUGAGGACGCCCAGCUUAUCGCUCAGUCUAUAGGUCAGGCAUUCAGUGUUGCUUACCAGGAAUUCCUGCGAGCUAAUGGCAUUAACCCAGAAGAUCUGAGCCAGAAGGAAUACAGUGAUUUACUCAAUACCCAGGACAUGUACAAUGAUGACCUCAUCCACUUCUCCAAGUCAGAGAACUGCAAAGAUGUUUUUAUAGAAAAACAGAAGGGUGAAAUCCUUGGUGUAGUGAUUGUAGAAUCUGGUUGGGGCUCCAUUCUGCCUACAGUUAUUAUUGCUAAUAUGAUGCACGGAGGGCCUGCUGAGAAGUCAGGGAAAUUGAAUAUUGGGGAUCAAAUAAUGUCUAUCAAUGGCACCAGUUUGGUUGGUUUACCACUGUCCACUUGUCAGAGCAUAAUAAAGGGCUUGAAGAACCAGGCUAGAGUGAAGCUGAAUAUUGUGAGAUGUCCUCCAGUUACAACUGUCUUAAUACGAAGACCUGACCUCAGAUACCAGCUGGGCUUCAGUGUACAGAAUGGGAUUAUUUGCAGCCUGAUGCGAGGGGGUAUUGCAGAACGAGGUGGUGUAAGAGUGGGUCAUCGCAUCAUAGAAAUCAAUGGACAGAGUGUUGUAGCAACUCCUCAUGAGAAGAUAGUUCAUAUUCUGUCCAAUGCAGUUGGUGAGAUACACAUGAAGACAAUGCCAGCAGCCAUGUACCGUCUGCUGACUGCACAGGAGCAACCAGUUUACAUCUGAUCACCUCUCUGCUACUUCACAACAUGCAUGGAGGACAGUUCUCCUCACCUGUGGUUGUUUUUCGAGUGCUGCCUUUUUGUCUGCAGAAGCAUCUCCAGGAACAUUCCUCUUUUUGAAUUUUUUUGUCUAUUUCCUCAAUGCCCAUGAAAUGAAUACUUUACAAAAAGUCAUGACUUUGACAGCGACACGUUCCACCAAUGACUAAGCUAAUCCUUUUUUUUUUUUCACAGUCGGGAAGACACUUUACAUUCAUAAGGUUCAUAAGGAGUCCGUUCUAAAAGGCUACCAAGCUCCUGGUGGUUGGGCUCAUUCUACCGUCGUCUCAUGCACUUCUAGCUCUAACACUUGAAAUUGGCCAAUUCUCAAUACCAUGUGUUACAAACAAGCCCUUAUGCAUGUGCCACAGUAAUAAUGUAGCAGGACUGAAUCUUAGUUACAACUCGGAAGGCUGUGCAUGAAGCUCUGGGUCACAUUGAAUUUCUAAGUUAUACUAUGUGUGCUUCUGUGGUGUUCACUGUAUCAAAGCACUAUUGAAACUCAAUGGAGAAUCUUGCAAUACGAGUAAGUGACAGGUAGCAUUCUACAAGUAGCCUGACCUGGAUGUUAAAUAGUACUAUCAAUCGAUAUUUAAUAUUCCACCUUAAAUUAUUUAAUGUAAGGUAUGACGAUGUUCAGACCUGGCUCCACUAGCUCACUGUGGCUUAUUUGCACAAUAAGUGUAUGCAUGUGGUGGAUGAAUAACAUAGUUAUAUAGACCAUAGCUGGACGUGUGAGCUCCACAUAGAGUUGGAUGUACUCUAUAUAUAGGGACCAUUUCAUCUGUAUAAAGGCUGCCGUUCUUCUUAAUCGUUAUUUAUAAGGGUACGGCCACACGAUGUGGUUUCAAGAUGCAGUUUUCGAAGCCAAAACUAGUAGUGUAUUCUUAAGAGAGAAGUCGUAUCUGUCCUUUAUACCCUCUCUCCUGAUUUUGGCUUCCAAAACUGCUUUGAGAAACCUGACCAUGCUGCCGUACCCUAAUAAUGAACUCUACACAUGGUCGUGUAUGAGUUUACAUUCCUCCCUGUUUACAAAGUGUUGGGACAUCUUGGGAGGGGGGGGGUCCUGUAUUGGUGAAGUAUUACAGCUCUUUGUUUUGAAAAUCCUUGUUCACACAUACAGAGCAAUAGAUUUCUCAUGACACAGUGUAACAGAUGUCUACACUGAACAGUAUCAUAUACAUGAUAAUGCAGAGCACAGGGACAUCAACCGCUCAUUGUUUGUGCUGUUAAGCCCUACAAUUGCUGCUGAUUGAAGGGGUUGUCCUACCCUCCGGAUCGGCAGGGGUUGGGACAUCCGGUGCCCCUGCUGAUCAGCUCUUGAGAAGAAGCUGCGGUGCUAAUGCAAGCGCUGUCCUCUUCAGUGGUUGCCUGUCCCUUGUGUAGGUUGUAGCGGCGGUGCAGUAGAACUUCAGCUUCUUCUCCCAUUUACUUGAAGGGGACCAACAAUUGUAGCCAGCAUGCAGGUGACCACUGAAGAGGACACAGCGCUCAGCAGCUUCUUCAAACAGACCUCCGCCGAUCUACUAUUGAUGACCUAUCCUGAGAGUAGAUCAUCAAUAUCUGACACUGAACAACCCCUUUAACUAUCCAUUAGAGUGACAUGCUCUAUUUCAGAAGAGGCGACAGAUGUAACAAGUUAGAUUCGGGUGGUUCCUUCCAUGUGUAUGUCCAGAUAUAGCAAGCAAUAAUAUGUGCAGGCUAUCAACGUGAUGUUUUCCAAUUCAGACUGUAGAGCUGGCCACCAUUCAGCCAGGCAGUCAUUGCGGAUGGCAGUAUAAUGUGAACAUCCCCUUACUUGUUACUAGCUAACUUCAUUACACAACCUGAUUUACAUGUUACUGACGUGCAAUAUUCUGUGCGUCCAGAGGACACUAUUAGGACAAGGUAUGGAAAAGGACAAGAUUACAGAACAAUGACGUGGACCAUUUUUUGGCCCACUUUUCUAACUGUUGUUGGUUGCUGUCAGUCGAGAAAUAUAUCACUAAAUAGUUGUAAUGUUAUAAUAUCAUUUUACAGUGAAUGAAUAAGAAGAGCAUAUAUAAUAUUUAAAACAAAAGCAAACGUUCGGCUCAACUUAAAGGAAACCAUACCGAUAUAAUGCGACUGAUAUUUAUAUUGUGAUGUUAGAUAAUUGUGUAGACUGGUAUCACAGGGUUUAUUCAUAAGGUGUGAAGAUCCUUUAUUAUGUUCUUAGAGAGCUGACGCUUCCUUGAGAGCUUUGCUAUAAAGAGAAUCGGUAAUGUAUUUAUUUAUUUAUUAAGAUAUUUUAUGUGUUCUAAACUUGUAAGUGUUCCUGGGAAUCCAAGAGACCUGGCGCUAUCUAGUGACAGGCGUACGAAUGUGCAAUAGCACUGCUUUAGUAACCACUUGCAUUCCCUAUGUAAUAACAAUUCUGGAGCAUCUAUUCUGUUGGCUCUAUGUUGUGUCAUUCCUCUAUUAUUCCUGUGCGGCUUGAGAUUAGCAGUUCGGGAUGUGUCCCCGCACAGUGUCAAACGGUGCACUGGGUAGCACCCACUUGUACAUUUAUUCAUAAACGUCUAGCAGGAAUAAUAGGGGAACCGCACAACGUAGGUUCAUAUGAAUAAAUGCUCCAUACUUGUUAUCACAUGUGGAAUAAAAGUAGUUGCUAAAAUAGACAUGUCAGGAGAGGUGACAGGUCCUCUUUAUACUGAGCAGACUGUCAGUAGAAGGUGGGACAAGCUCACAUAAGUAUCAUCUGUAGCCUCGCUGCUGCCUUUGGUUAAGGAAAAUGAACAGGUUCCAUAAAAGGGAACCUGUCAUCAACUUUAUGCUGAGCUCACUCACCGAGGGCAGUAUAAAUUAGUGACAGAAAUGCUGAUUUCAGCGGUGUGUCUCUCAUGAGCUAAAAGUAAGUGGUUGCCGAG